CACUCUUGCAUUCUAAAUCAAACCCCACACAGAAACCAGUCCUCUUCUGCAUCUUUCUUCCUUCCUUCCUUCCUUCCAAAGAGGCAAUGGCAAUGGCUAAGCUUGUCUGCCUUCUGCUGCUAGCACUCCUUGGGAUUUCCAUGGCUGCAACCCAGGUUAUGGCAAAAGAAGAAGCCCGGAAUCAGUUGGACAGUGGAGGAUAUGGUCCUGGGAGUCUCAAGAGCUACCAAUGCCCAUCACAAUGCACAAGGAGAUGCAGCCAGACACAAUACCACAAGCCAUGCAUGUUCUUCUGCCAGAAAUGCUGUGCCAAGUGCCUCUGUGUUCCUCCUGGCUUCUACGGCAACAAAGCUGUGUGCCCUUGCUACAACAACUGGAAGACCCAGCAAGGAGGACCAAAAUGCCCUUGAUCAACACUUCUGCUUAAUCCAUUUUUACCAAAAUCAUCAAAGAUUUAAGUACCCAAUUUCGUAAGUAUUAAUUUCGAAUUGUGAUCUUCUUCUCUGUAAAGGUCAUAGGUUCGGUGACCUGGGAAUGUUAGUUUAAUUGCAGUAGUCCAUUGCUCCUUUGGGAAUUGGGAUAUUGGUUGUUAAACACCCUCUCCAAAUGUGAGCGUUGACAGAUAAAUUUAUGGUUUAUUAUGUUAAUCAAAUGUGAUUAUUUCA